AUGUUACAAGCCUUCCUUGAUUCCAUCACAAAGCCAUCAGAGCUCGCUGCCUUGUACAAAUUCAAGUUUGCUCCCAAAUCCCCUUCUGCCAGACGUCUCCAGCAGACAUUAGCAAAGGACGCGUCCAAGAAACGCUGCUAUGACUUUUUGAAUAUGACAUCCAGAAGUUUCGCUGCUGUUAUCCAAGAAUUAGACGACCAACUAAGAGAUGCUGUCUGCUUAUUCUACCUCGUUCUGCGUGGUCUGGACACAAUUGAAGAUGACAUGACUUUGGAUCUGGACAGAAAGGUCGAAUUGCUGAGAUCGUUUGAUCAGAUUAUUUAUAAAAAGGGAUGGACAUUCAAUGAAAAUGGCCCAAAUGAAAAGGAUCGUGCUUUAUUGGUUCAUUUCGACGUUGUUAUCGAUGAAUUCUUGCGUCUCAAGCCUGAAUUUCAAAGUGUGAUUGCCAACAUUACCAAAUUGAUGGGCAACGGUAUGGCAGACUACGCUACUGGCGAGCAUCGUGAAAAUACCUCUGUCGCCACCAUCAAGGACUUUGAUCUCUAUUGUCAUUAUGUUGCUGGUCUUGUUGGUUAUGGUCUUUCGGACCUCUUUGCCGCUUCUGGCCUUGAAUCGGAGGAGGUCGCAAAGGACAAGGCUUUGUCCAAUUCAAUGGGCCUCUUUUUACAAAAGACCAAUAUUAUCCGUGAUUAUCGUGAGGAUUUAGAUGAUGGCCGUCAGUUCUGGCCUCGUGAGAUUUGGGGCAAAUACGCUGACAAAUUUAGUGAUUUCAUCCAGCCCGAAAACAAGUCAAAAGCACAAUAUUGUUUGAGUAAUAUGGUCUUGAAUGUUCUGGAUGAUGUUCCUCAAGUGCUCACCUACCUCUCGAAACUCAGAAAUCAAUCCGUCUUCAACUUUUGUGCUAUUCCUCAAGUCAUGGCCAUCUCUACACUCGCUUUAGUUUUCAACAACCUCGACAUCUACCAUCGCAACAUCAAGAUCCGUAAAGGAGAGGCUGUCAAGUUGAUUUUGGAUAGUACAGACAUGGACAACGUCGUCGCCAUCUUUAGACACUAUGUUUUUGAGAUUUCAAGAAAGAAUGAGGCAACAGAUCCCAACUUUAUGGAAAUUUCAAUGGCCAUUGGAAGAAUUGAACAAUGGAUUGCUGCCAACUACAAACCUUCUCCCAAGGCCCUUCAAAAGGCACAACAGCCCAACCUCUUUUUACCUAUCCUCCUGGGUCUCAUUGGCGUUAUCUUUAUCAAUUACUUCAAAAGCGCUUAA